AUAUAUUAACUUUAUUUACUUUAAAUAACCACUUUUAUAUGGUCCUUAUCGCGUAAUUAUUCGGUUGAGUUGUCAAACGAUUGUCAAAAACAUAACCAAAAAAAUACAAAAAUAAAUACAAUAAAAUCGACAAUGAAAAGCGACUCAAUUAAUGUAACAGGUGCUGAUUUAAAAAUAAUUUGUGAGAUAUGUGGAGAAAAUCACAAUUCAUCAAAUUGCACAUUUUUGCAUAUAAAGCAUCAUGUAAAUGAUAAGAUAAUUCUUUCAAGAGCACGUUUAACCCUUCCGGAUAUAUUACGGUUAGAAAAAAUGUCUUCGGGGGGUUACGAUAUACUCGCUGAUGUCGACAUCAAAUCAGGCACACAAUUUGGACCUCUCGAAGCGAAACAAACGUUUACUUUAAAUCCUGAGAUAAUAUUUCCCUUAAAACAAUUCUCACCAAACGAAUACUUUACAGAAUAUUAUUUAGAUACUUGUAAUGAACUUGAAUGUAAUUGGAUGAUGUUUGUUCAACCAGCGAUUAGUGGGGAUGAGCAAAACUUAAUUUGUUACCAAAAAGAAAAUAAUUUGUAUUAUGCAACAACUUGUGAUAUUUUCAGAGGGGAGACUUUAAAAGUGUGGUAUAGUCCAUUUUAUGCUAAAUUAAUGAAUAAGGAAUUAUUAAAAAAGAGUGUGGUGAAAGAGAAUGUUGAUUAUGAUAUAAAUACUUUACUUAAAAAGCAACAAAAUUUGAUACAAAAAGAUGUGUGGAAUUGUAAAUUUUGUGAUUUCCAUGAAAGGAACAUAACAAAAUUUGCUGCCCAUAUCUCUGAACAUUACUCAUCUCAAUUAAAAAAAGUUUGUAAAUGUUGUAAAUCCACUUUUCCAACUCAUUUAAGUUUGAAGAAGCAUUUGCAUAUUGUUCAUGGUAAUGCGCCACCUCAAAAGAAUCUUAAAAAAUUUGAUGAUAAAGCGCUAAAUAAUAAUAAGAAUUUGGGGAAAGACUCCAUGGUUGGGGGGCCGUUAUUAAACGAAUUAUUAACGGAUAGCAUGGAUAAUACAAACCUAUUUUUACAACAAAACAUUGAAGAUUUCGAUAUACAAAACAUCGAUAACCAAAACAUCCUUUUGGAUGGAGACAGUUUAAAUUUAGGAAUGGAUAAUUUAAUCAGCGACAACGACAAUUUUAAUUUCGAUCUUAGCGCUGACCAAGAAGAACACGUUUGCGAUAUCUGCAUGAAACCUUUUAACAAACUUAAACAAUUAAUACAACAUUUACAAAUGCACACGGGAAAAUAUACGUGCCCAAAGUGUUUAGUUAUUUUUAGUCGUAACGAAAAUUUAAAAGCACAUAAAUGCAACCUAUCGUUGGAAAUGCAUCAAAAAUGCCCAUUUUGCAGCAAAACAUUUUCGUUAAAAAAAUAUUUAUCGCGACACAUUUUGGUGAUGCACGGAAAAAAAUAUCAAUGUGUUAAUUGCAAGAAAAAUUGUACAUCAGAAAAAUUAUUGCAAGAACAUAACUGUUUAAACACCCCGGAUAAAGAUAAAUUCACUUGCAUGUUUUGCAAUAAAAAGUUUGCCAAAGAAUCUUACAUGAAAAAACAUUUAAAAACGCAUUCUCGCAAACGAGAUGCAUCAACCCCAAAAUCAGGCGAAUUUGUUUGCGAGGUUUGCGCAAAAACAUUCGAUUCAUUAAGAAAUUUAAGAAGACACACGGUGUUUCAUUUAACCAAAGAUAAUUUCCCAUGCAAUCAAUGCGACAAGAAAUUUAGUAGGAGGGAUACAUUGAGAUCCCACAUUUCGGUUUAUCACUCAAAAGAUAUUUUUACUUGUGAGAUUUGUUACAAAAAAUUUAAAUCAAAAAAAUACUUGAGUAAUCACAAAAGGACUCACAAAAAAAAUAAAAUUCACGAUUGCAAUUUUUGUAAUCAAAAAUUUUUUUUAAAAACCAACUUAGAACGACACAAACGUAACAAACAUCUCAACGCAUUCAAUAACUUAAAUAAUAAACAAGUUAAUGUGGAGUAUUAUAAAUGCCAAUUUUGUUCUAAAGCGGUUAAAUUAAAAAGUUCUUUAAUGAAACAUUUAAAAAAAUGUCAUGGCAAUGAAAACUUCGACCCUAAAGCGAUCGUAAAAGACGUCGCCGUUGUUGAUGUUAAAAAUGAUAAGAAUAAAAAUGACGCAAAAGAAAUUAUGAUUGAUCUUAACCCAGAAAUAAAUAUAAUUAAAGAAAAUCGUAAUCAAGAAAAUGGUUUUAAUGAUGAAUUAAUUUUGGAUACAAAUUUGAAUGUUAAUAACCAAGAAGUUUGUCUUUCAAUGCCCGAAUUAAAUGAAGUCGAUCAAAAUAUUACUUUAGGUGAUAACGCGUUUAUUUUGGAAAAUGGGACUAUUGUUGAACCUUUAGAUCAAGGAAACUUUGUUGUUUAUAUAUUAGGGCAAUAACUUUAAUUUAAAAAGU